UGAUUUUGAUUUUUAGGUUAUUUCAGCAUGUCACAGAAUUUUCCUUCCCAGGGAGCUGUGAUGAACAGACGGUUAACAUGCAAGUGUGCUUGAUCAUUCUCAGAUUAAUGCCUUCCUCAUUUUUCAAUCAAGUUUUUCUCUUGGUAGCACUAAUUAUCACAGUGAGUGGUAUAAUCAAGUAGUCAUCCAGCUCCUAAGCUGAGCACAUCUGGGGCUAAGUUGGGGAAUAGAACAUGCCUUUUCGCCUACGACUGAAGAAAAGCCGCCAAUACAAUGUUGUAUCAAAGUCGCUCUUCGUCAUUUGCAUUGAGCUGUUGGACAGCACUUCGAUUGAAUGCACUCUGACAUCGGAAAGUAUUGGAAGAGAAUGCCUUGACAAUGUCUGUCAAAGACUUGGUUUGCAACAGCCGGAGUUCUUUGGGUUACGGUAUAUAUCUCGGCAAGGUUACCCUCGAUGGGUGGAAAUGGAAAGACCCUUGAAACGGCAACUGGACAAACAUGCUCGAGACAUGAGUCUUUACUUGAGGGUUAUGUACUAUGUAUCUGGAGUAAGUUUGCUCACAGAUGAAAUGACUAGGUAUCAUUAUUUUCUUCAGCUAAAAAAUGAUGUGAUUGAAGGUCGCAUUUGUUGUGAUGUGGAUCAAGCAGUAUUGCUAGCUAGUUACAGCAUGCAAGCGGAGUUUGGCAACCAUGAUCCAGAGCGACAUACCGCAGAAUACCUGAAAGACUUUGCUCUCUUUCCAAAACACUUCACAGAUACGAUUCAGUUGGAAAGUAUGACUGAGGCAGUUAUCUGUCAUCAUGCAUCUCUAGUAGGAUUAGCUCAAGGCACCGCAGAAGAGUAUUACAUCUUAGCAACUCAACAGCUGGAUGGAUACGGCCAAGAAACAUUCUUAGCCAAGGACGAAAAUGGGAGUGAAGUCAUAAUUGGAAUCACUCUCACAGGCAUUGCAGUUGGUUACGAAAACACACAAACCUCUUCAUUUUACAGGUGGAAGGAAAUAACGAAUGUCGUCAAUCAUAAGCGUUAUUUUGGAAUCGAGUGUCAAGUUUCAGAUGACACAGUUCAAUUCCAAUUCAGAGAUGUCGAAUCGGCAAAGUAUGUUUGGAGAAUGUGCGUCUAUCAGCACACAUUUUUCAUGCAGAAUGAACAAGCAACUGACCUAGGAAACACAGCACAGAUUGUACGGAGUCUUUUUACACAAGCUGUGCCACCACAAAGUGCUAUCUUCAGUGGUAGCGGUGAAGAACUGGAAAGAGAGCAUGGUGGCAGGAAUGACCGGAGAGUUAAAAGAGCCCAAUCAACCUCUUGUCUUGAUCUAGCAUCACCUUCAGAUGUUAACAAACUUCGCGCAUUGCUGCCAACGUAUCGACCAGCUCCUGACUAUGAGACAGCUGUACAACAGAAAUACCAAAACCAAAUGAACAACUCAGUCUCUGCUAUGUACAGCAGUCAGCCAGAAAUUCACACUGCUCAACUCCAUGAGGGUCUUCAGUUCAAGAACAUUGUGCGGCCGUUUGGUCAUUUUCCGGAUGUGACUAAUGUUUACUCGGACGAUUCACAGCAGCCCUUGAUAAAGACGGUCAAUCACCCUUUAUCUUCUCUUCAUCCGUACAGAGGACGAGGGACUCUUGAUGAGAAUGGGUUGGUGUCUGGAGUAGAACUAUUGCAACUCUAUAAACCACCACCACCAUAUCCAACAACACAAACUCGACCUAGUAGCAACAGCACUCCUGAUCUUGCUUCCCAAACCCUCGGUCAACAUUCAGUUAUCAAUGCUCAGGUCAGUGGAUCAAGCCCAGACCUAGUAUCUUCAAGGAACCUCCAUCAGCACUAUGCAGGAGCGCUCCUUCCCAAUCCUGAAGCCCACAGGACGUACACCAAUUUAGCAGCAGUAUUAGGCUCACAUCAGCGCUUGGAGGAACUGCAGAGGCGGAUGGGCAACCGCAGCAUUGCAUACUACUUACAACACAGUGCUACGCCUGUCCUUCAUCAAACAGUACCAUACACAUCUGUUACAAACCUAAAAUUUUUUCCCAACAACAAAGGUUUGGCCCAAGUCUCAGAGCCUAUUUAUGAAAAUGUUCCAUUACCAUGGGUGAUGCCAGGAAAAAGAGAAACUAAUAGCCCUGACCAACGGUUAAGGAGCAGUGAGCCAAACCUUCCAAUUUCCCCGGAACCAAGGAUUCAUACAUCAGCAUCAAAAGCAAGGAAAGCAGUAUUGGAAACCAACAACAACAUCAGUAGUAGUCAACAUGUUGCACACGUAGCAACAGUGCCCAGUGUAGAACCAAUGAUUCCUCAUUCCACAGCCGUUAACUCUCAUGUUGCCAGCACAGUAUUGUCUUCUGUCAAUCAGUCCUCAAAUUCGUUAAACCAGUUUCUCCAAUCAGAAGAUAGGAAUGAACUUGCACCUGAACAGUAUUCACACAACCUAUCCACUGAUUUAAGUUUUUUAAGUGGUAGCGGUUCUAUGGAAGAAAGGACAGAGAAAGGGCGAAAAAUGUGGAGUGGCCUUGUUGGCAGUAAAAAAAGUGAACCUCCCAGUCUAUUGAACAAAAAAGCCACAGGAAAUAAAAAUGUAGCAUCUGACUUACGUUGGAGCAUGGAUCUACGUUGGCUACCUGCUAGUUUUGGUAUUUACCCUGCCACUUCGAAAGAACCGAUGUGUCGGGCGUUGGAAAAAGCACUGGGAGAUGACAAUCAGCUUUUCUUUGAAUUUGAAAAGAUUCCGAAGGUCAAGUAUGAUGCCGACUUCACCACAGCACUUUUAAGUGAAAAUGUCCACAGAAAUAGGUAUCCAGAUAUCUUACCCUAUGAUGAGAAUCGAAUCAGACUCAGUCCUAGUAAAGAGAACAAGUUGGGUUAUGUCAAUGCUUCCCACAUUACGGCUUCUGUUGGGAACCAGCAGAGGUUUUAUAUUGCUGCUCAAAGUCCAUUAUUAACGACCGUGUCAAAUUUUUGGCAAAUGGUGUGGGAAAUGGAUGUCUACUUAAUUAUACAAUUGAAUAGUUCAGCGAAUGAAAAUACGGUUAAAUACUACCCUCUUGUACCUGAGAAGCCACUGCUGGCAGGAGAUUUCGAAAUUCAGAAACAAUUCUCUCAAGAAUCAGGGCACUGUAUCACCACCCGAUUACGAGUUCAUGAAGCUGGUGCAAGUAGGAGGGCACGUGGUGUUUGGCAUUUGGAGUAUACAGAUUGGGCAGACCAGGGCUGCCCAAACAAUGUUGCCCAUUUUUUAGGUUUCCUGGAAGAAUUGAGCUCUGUCAGAGAGCACACAAUUACAGAAUUACCUGCAGGGCUCAACUGCAAUCCUCCUGUCCUUGUUCAUUGUAAUAAUGGCGUCGGAAGAACUGGAGUUACCAUUCUUUGUGAUUUAUUGCUCUACACUUUAGAUCAUAACCAGGAAAUAGAUAUUGCAAGGACAAUCUUUAUCCUCAGACAUCAACGAAUGUUGAUGGUGCAGACAGCUGCUCAAUACAGAUUUGUUCAUAGUCUCCUUUUAUUUUAUUCGAAAAACUCACGUUUAAUUUGACCACAGAUCAUUCUUUCUGCACAAAGGCAGAUCGCAUAGGAACACCUUUACAGCUCCAAUUCUCAUGUUGGAUUUCCAAGCUAUUUCCACCCGUUUCUUAUUUGUUUUGCUCCUCCUAUCAGCCUUCGACUAAUUUAUCAUUAUUCGCUAGAAAUUUUAAGUAUUGUUUCGCAAGUUGCCUUGUACAGUUUUUCUGUAUGCAUGUUUCUAACUAUUAUUUUUACUACUAUAAGUUUUUUUAUAUCCUGACUGUAAUGUAGUAUACUUAAAGAUAAAUUGUUUUUUACUGGUUUUGCA